AUGCCACAUUAUGAAGUUCUCCUACCGAAAGUAAAUUAUACUGACUGGUAUUCCAUCGUCGAAGUCCGCGUGAUGCGAGUUAUUACCGCAAUCGGGUGCGCUGCCGAAAUAGGAUAUCAAACCUACACCGCGAACGCAUACACUACGUCUCAAAACCAAGCAGGUGCAGCCGGUGGACUAAUAAUAUCUAACGACAUGGUAUAUCCACUUGCUAGCAAGAUCCGACAGUAUCUCCAGCAAAAAAAGCCAUGCAACACCAAUGAGACUCCCCCAGCUUAUGAUUUUGCAAUGGGGGAGACUGUCUGGGAGACACUGAGGAAAGACGCUGAAUGGAAAAGAGGAUUUGAUGCUAAUAUGACCUUUCGGAACCAGACGGUUUCUGUCUCCUGGCAGUCCAAAUACCCGAUCCAUGACAGGAUUCCCUCUAUUCAGGCGGCGGCUACGGGUGUAACUGCCUCAACAAAAACCAAAGUUGUUAUUGUCGAUAUCGGAGGAAACCAAGGAGUUGAUCUCCAGCGCUUUGCAAAUGACUUUCCAGAGUUAGACUGCGCGACGGUUGAAUUUCCACUAACCUUGUUGUUUUUUAAAGGGGCCGACAUAUAUUACUUGAAAUCCGUGCUACAUGACUGGGACGAUAUUGCAUCUGUGAAGAUCCUAUCAAACACUGCAAAAGCAAUGAAAUCCCAAUCCCGCCUGCUUAUUAACGAAAUGGUCCUGUCUGACACAGAAGAAUCCCUAUUAAGGGCUGAAAUGGACAUUUUGAUGCUCUUUCUAAGCAAUGGAAUGGAACGGACGAAAGCACAGUGGGUAGAGUUAUUGUCAAAGGUAGACCCGCCUCUGAAGAUUGUCGAGAUCUGGAGCCAUCCAGGAGACCAGCAAAGCGUUAUUGAAACUUGUUUGGCAGAAUAG